UGGUGUGGUGUCGCGCUGCUUCUGGCUUCACCCCCUACUGCUAUUUGGUGACUGGUUUCCAUUUUCGCAGGGAGGCGGACGGGACAGCAACAUGGAGCCGGAGAUGGAGGACAAAACCCUGGAGCUUAUGAACCUUACAGUGAUGGAGUCACAGAAUCUCACCGACGACCUCUCACCAAAGAAGACGACGGUGUUUAAGCUGGGAAAUGGUACUCUGUCUGGCUCGAGGAAACGUCUGUCACGUGGCAGCUUCGACAAGGAGAAGGAGAUGUGUAUCCAGAUGUUCGAACAGUGGUCAGAAGCUGAUCAGGUGGAAUUUGUGGAGCAUCUUAUCUCACGCAUGUGCCACUACCAGCAUGGCCACAUCAACUCUUACCUCAAACCUAUGCUACAGAGAGACUUUAUAACAGCCCUGCCAGCACGGGGUCUGGAGCAUAUAGCAGAGAACAUCCUGUCGUUUCUGGACGCACGCUCUCUGUGUGCGGCGGAGCUGGUGUGUCGCGAGUGGCACCGGGUCAUCUCGGAAGGCAUGCUUUGGAAGAAGCUCAUUGAGAGAAUGGUGCGCACCGAUCCACUGUGGAAAGGCCUGUCUGAAAGACAUCAGUGGGAGAAGUACUUGUUCAAGAAUCGCACAAAUGAAGUCCCACCUAAUUCGUACUAUCACUCGCUCUAUCCAAAAAUUAUACAGGACAUUGAGACGAUUGAGGCAAACUGGCGCUGUGGCAGACACAACCUGCAGAGGAUCCAGUGCAGAUCAGAGAACAGCAAAGGGGUUUAUUGCCUACAGUACGACGAUGACAAGAUCAUCAGCGGCCUCCGAGACAACUCCAUUAAGAUCUGGGAUAAGCACACUCUGGAGUGUCUGAAGAUUCUGACAGGUCACACCGGUUCAGUUUUGUGUCUGCAGUAUGAUGAAAGAGUAAUAGUGACUGGAUCCUCAGACUCUACCGUCAGGGUUUGGGACGUGAAUUCCGGGGAGGUUUUGAACACUCUGAUCCAUCACAACGAGGCGGUCCUUCACCUGCGUUUCUGUAACGGCUUGAUGGUGACUUGCUCUAAAGAUCGAUCCAUCGCAGUGUGGGACAUGGCCUCCGCCACUGACAUCAGCCUGCGCCGCGUGCUAGUGGGCCACCGUGCCGCUGUCAAUGUCGUUGACUUUGACGACAAAUACAUUGUCUCAGCCUCUGGAGACAGGACCAUAAAAGUGUGGAGCACCAGUACCUGUGAAUUUGUCCGAACACUAAAUGGACACAAGCGAGGUAUUGCCUGCCUUCAGUACAGAGACAGACUAGUGGUCAGUGGCUCCUCGGACAACACCAUACGAUUGUGGGAUAUUGAGUGUGGCGCAUGUCUGCGAGUCCUGGAAGGCCACGAGGAACUCGUCCGGUGCAUUCGGUUCGACAACAAAAGGAUCGUCAGUGGAGCAUACGACGGGAAGAUAAAAGUGUGGGAUCUGCAGGCUGCUCUGGACCCCCGUGCACCAGCCAGCACACUCUGUCUGCGCACACUAGUGGAGCAUUCUGGCCGUGUGUUCCGUCUACAGUUUGAUGAAUUCCAGAUCAUCAGCAGUUCCCAUGACGACACCAUCCUUAUAUGGGACUUCCUGAAUGUGUCCCCCAACGGGCAGCCAGAGGGACUCCCUCAUGCAGCCAGAUCGCCCUCACGCACCUACACGUACAUCUCAAGAUAGCGGGUGCCUUUGAUGUGUGCCAGUGUGUCCUGGGAAAGCUGAGCUCUGAUUGGCUACGGCUUUGUCUGUCCCAAAAAGGAGUGAAAGGAACAGCCUCCUUGUUUUCAUCUCUCCUGUCUGAUGAGAAGCUUCUCCAGUAACACUCUACAAGUUUUUGCGACGGAAUCAUAUUCAAACACCAACUAUGAGCCAACAUGGAAACACUGUCUCUGUAAUACAGUAACACACAGCGUAAUUGUAACAGUUUUGCUCAGCGUUACUUCUAGAUUCACACUGCAAAUGGCAUUUAGAAGCUUGAAAUGAUAACUAUUGCCAGAAUAUUGCUAAGACGUUUUUAGAAUAUAAUAUAAACUCUUGAUACCUGCACUAACCCCCCCUUUGCCCAUGUAUACACAAAACACUUUGUCAGUAGACAACAUAACUCUCCCAUUUCUCCCACUCUUCUGAAACUGUUAAAUGGACAGACUGGUGGUGGUGGUGGAGAAAGAGACUCUUAGCAAACCUGCCAAUGAGUGGCAUGACUGGACUAAAUGGACAGACUAGUGAUGUAUUUGUAUCUUCUUUUCUGUCUGGCUGGCCCUGGGCUUUUCUCCAGGACCAGGAAAGCACACUCCAAUGUCGGAGAAAUGACUGCUCUACAGAGGUAGGACUGAGUUUUAAUUUCUCCACUUCGUCUCGUUCUCGUGUCAAGGCAGAGGCAGGCAUUGUGCAUGUGAGACAGUGUGGAAUCCCUCCUCCUGGCUCUGAUCCUUCUUCUUUUUUUUUGUUAGUUUCUGAUUUUUUGUAUUCCUUUUUUUUUAUAUUUAAGUGCACUCAUUGUCAUUGUAUGGUUAUGCUAGGCAUUGUAGAGCUGUAUGUUCAACUCAAUGGCUAGUGUGUUUCUCUCAAAUCUCUGUUUCUCUCUUUUCUCUGCCUGCUUGCUGUAUGAUAGCAAAUUCUAGUGGUAAGCCAAACUGUCUUGUCAAAAAUUGUGUUGUAUAUUAAAAUUAUUAUUAUUUUUUAAGAAAAUACAUUUAUUGUGAAUAAAGUACAAGACCAUGGCGA